CUGCGCGCUGCACUGCGACGUCUUACAGCCACCACCACCAACAACCACAACCAUACCACCACCAGCAUCAACACAACAAUACAACCGAUAACAAUCAUCAUCCACACCACCACCACCAACAACCACAACCACAACCAUACCACCACAACCAUCAACACAACAAUACACCCGAUAACAAUCAUCAUCCACACCACCACCACCAACAACAACCAUCAACAGAUUGAACAACAGCAAACCAUCAAACUCACCACAACCACAGCAAGCCACCGCUCCUAACCCCAACCACCUCCACCUGCUCCUCUCAAUGUGUGACCACGCCGACGCCGUCAACCUUCAUCCCUCCUCCUCCUCCCCCAACUGGAGUCACACUCCACCUGGCGCUGCGCACAACGCCACCCGGACUCAGGGUUGCGACGGCGGUAGCCGCGGCAGUAGCGUCGGCGGAGGAUCAUGUGUCCAGGUCAUGUACCCGGCGCUCAUGAUGGUAGCCGGCGUGACCGGCAACGCAAUCGCGCUCGCAUUGAUCCGACGCGCGUACCCGCGUCGGCAGAGCGCGCGCAAGAGACCAUUUCUCAUCCUCGUGGGUGCCCUGGUCCUCACGGAUCUCCUGGGCAAGCUCAGUACCACGCCGGUCGUCAUCGCCGCGUACGCGGGCGGCUCGUGGCACGCCCUGGACGCCUCUGGACGCCUCUGCGACUACUUCGGCUUCUGCAUGGUGGCGUUCGGGCUGUGCCCGUUGCUGUUCGCGUGCGCGAUGGCACUGGAGCGCAACGUGGCCGUGCGGAGGCCGUACGCCUACAAGCGGUGGGUCACCACGCGCCUCGCCGCAGCGGUGGCGGGCGCCGUGUGGGUGGCAGCACUCGUUUUCUCUGCACUGCCGCUCCUCGGCGUGGGCCGCUACGUGCUGCAGUGGCCGGACACGUGGUGCUUUCUGAGCACGGGCGCCCCAGGCUCGCUCGCCGCCGCCGCCGUGCCCCUCGCAUUCUCGCUCACGGGACUCUGCUCCCUGCUCGUCACCACGGCCUGCAACGCCUCCACGCUCACAUUCGUGGUCAAGUCGUGGAUACAGCAUCGCCGUCACCAACAGCAGCAGCAGAAUCAGCAGCAUGAGAAGACGCAGUGCGGAGGUCAGAGAUGCCUCGGCGGGCCCAGGUCCGAGGCGGUCCUGCAGCUCAUGGGGAUCUCAGCCGUGCUGUGGGCUUGCUGGGGACCACUGCUGGUGGUGAUGACGGCCAAGCUUGUGUCUCCCCCGGGCGGCAAGGACCACUCACCGCACCGCUGCGUCAAGGAGCUGUUGGCCGUGCGCCUCGCAUCUCUCAGCCAGAUCCUCGACCCGUGGGUCUACAUCCUCCUGCGGAGGGGGGCGCUGCUGCGGGGAGGGGGGACCGGCUCGGGGGGGCUGUCCUGGAGGUUCAAGAUGUGCGCGCGCGGUGGCCGUGGGGACCGCGAGGGGACCCCCGAGGCGAGGUGCCCCCCGGCCCAGGAGGUCCCCCUGCGAGCCACGCCGAUUCACACGGAGCCCGGCGGGGGUCCCGGAGUGGCGAGCAAGGACCACGUGGGGUCUGGGUGCGACGAGGACGAGGACGAGAAGGAGCUGAUGACACUGCCGGGACGGAUCCUGUGAAGGCGACAGGAAAAGAUCGCACACGUAGCCUCGAGCAGACUCUCGGGGGAGGUGCUGUUGGCGAGCGGCUAUGCAGCCACACGCGUUCGAUUGCAGGCAGCGCGCGGCUACCAAAAUGGGUGACCACGUU